AUGAACUUCUUACGAAGGAGGAAAAACAGCGAGGACGACGAUGACGAUCUUCAAGAUAACGAGACAUCGCAGGUCCACAAACUGAGGAAACCACCGAACACGGCGUUUCGACAACAGAGAUUGAAGGCAUGGCAGCCGAUCCUCACUCCGAAGACAGUGAUUCCGUUUUUGUUCUUGCUAGCGAUCAUCUUUGCUCCCUUGGGUAUUGCCAUUAUCUACACCACCUACAACGUUCAGAAACUCGAGAUCAACUACUCCAAAUGUGGUGACGAUGCACUGAACUCCUUCUCGUCGAUUCCAGGUAAGUACACGGGGUACCACUUCCAGGGAACAAGCGACGGGCCUGACUUUAAAUGGAAGUUGGAGACGGGUACGGACGCUCAGGGCGACGACACGCAAACAUGUGUUGUUCAAUUCAACUUGCCUAAGGAUUUGGACCCUCCCAUCUACCUUUUCUACAAACUCACCAACUUCUACCAGAACCACCGUAAGUACGUGGAGUCGUACGACACGGCACAGUUGCGUGGCGAGGCCGUGCUGGCAGGCGACUUGAACGGCAAGUGUGAUCCUUUGAAGCUGAAAACGGUGGAUGGUAACGAGAAGGCUGUGUACCCUUGCGGCCUUAUAGCCAACUCCAUGUUCAACGACACGUUCUCGAGCCCGGUGUUGCUCAACUCUAGAAGUGGUACCGAUAACGAAACCUACGUUUUGUCCGAAACGGGCAUCACAUGGCAGUCAGACAAGGACCACCGCUACAAGAAGACCAAGUACGACCACAACGACAUUGUUCCUCCGCCAAACUGGGCCAAGAGGUUCCCUGACGGCUACAACGAGUCCAACGUGCCAGACUUGCACGAGUGGGAGCACUUCCAGAACUGGAUGCGUACAGCUGGUUUGCCCGAGUUCAUGAAGUUGUACGGCAAGAACACGUCCGAGACGUUCUCCUCGGGCACAUACGAAAUGAGAAUCGGCUUGAACUACCCGGUCUCGCUCUUCGGAGGCUCUAAGUCGCUCAUCCUUACAACCAGCUCGGUGCUUGGAGGUCGUAACUUGAGUCUUGGUAUUAUCUACAUCAUCGUCGCUGUGAUCUCCUUGGUUUGCGCCAUUGCAUUCUUCUUCCAGCACUUGAUCAAACCCAGAAAGGUUGGAGACCACAACUUCUUGCAGCAAGAUGGUGCUUUCCGUGAAGGCCCCCCUACUUCCUACAGGCAGCAGUAUCUGCAGCAGGGCUCACAGAGUGGACAAUCUCCACAAUUGCCACAGAUGCUGAUGCAGCAACAACACCAGAUUCAACAGCAAAGACAGCAGUUGCUUAACCAGCAUCUUCAACAGCAGCUGCAAGGAUCGUCCACGAAUCCGCUUUUAGCUGCCUUGAACGGCGGCCAGAAUCCCUCCAUGGCUACACCUGGCAACAACCAGAAAGUGAACCCACUUUUACAAUUACAGAUGCAACAGUUACAGCAACAACAACAGCCACAGAGAAUGUUCAACAACCAACAACACAUGCAACCCCAACUAUCACAAGGCCAGCAGCCACAGCAGGUGCCUAUAAUCAAGGACGUGUGGAAUUUCAACUUGGAGUACGAGUUCAAUAACCUCCGUACCUUCAUUGAUGACAAGACGUCCAAAGUGUUCAUUUCUAUUCAUCAAGAGAUCCCCGGUAUCGUGGCCAGGCCCUUGGGUACGUUCAAGCUGUCGGCAGACUACCACUUCCAGUGCUUGAGAUCGAACUCCGAUAUCUUAAACCUCAUCCAGCUCUCUCUCUGUGCUGUGAAGAUGCAAGACGACAAGAUCAGUAACCUGGUCAUAUGGCAAUUCAACUUUGCAUACGACCUCACACAGGAGAUGUUCAACGAAGAGCACCUCUUCAUGUUGUCUCAGACAUCCCAGAUCAACUUUGCCAUGCACAUGAGCCAGGGCAUCUCACAUUUUGCAUUCGCCGAACUCAUGAUCGAGAGCGGGCUUCUUUUAGAUCCAUCUAUCAACUGGUUGAGUUACCACUCGGGCUACGAUUUGGGCUUCUUGGUCUCUCUUCUCACUAACGACAUCUUGCCUCACGAUGAAAAGGAGUUCUUCUGGUGGUGCACCAAGUACUUCCCAAACUUCUUCGACUUGAAGCAUAUUGGCAAUCAGCUCUUGAACGGAAACGGCAAGACUGGUGCAAACUCCAACACAAACAGUGAGAUUGGCGGUUUGAGCAGUUCCACGUCAGCUGGUGCCGCUGGCGAUAUAAAGAAGGGCCUCACAGGAAACAACAAGCCAUCGGUGGAGUACCUCGCUGAGGAAUUGCACCUUCUUCCCAUCUCACCCCUCAUUCGCCAAUACUUUGCUUCAACGUCAGCAGGGCAGUUUGCGGGCCACCAGCAUCAGCAAAUGACGUCGACACUUCAUGCGUACUUGUUGAUGGAGUGCUUCAAAGAGCUCUUCAGACAAUUGGGCGGAGACUUUUCCGUAUUCGAGAAAUACAAGGGCUACCUAUUUGGUCUCGGUGAUGCUACAGGGACCCUGGAGGACAAGGCCACAACGGCGGGUAAACAGUGGUGA